GGUACCGAACUCUGCCUGUGGACUGUCAACACCUUAAUCGGACCACGUGACUUUUCCGAUGAUUAAAUGAUCGAAGCUGCUUUAGCUUUCGUCUGCUUGUAAGAAAACGCAGUGACACCUAGUGGUGGCUGGUGAUUCGAUCGUCCUGUGCAGGUUCCGCUUGCGUAUUGCCGCAAAUGAUCAUACUUGCCCAAAAAUCCUAAAUGAAAGUACCAUGGGUGUCGACGUAAGGACGAUUCAGGAAGGCGAUAACUCCACUUACCCAAUCACGGGUCAGACCGUUGUAGUACACUAUAUCGGGAGGCUGACCAACGGAAACAAGUUCGACUCGUCGAGAGACCGAGGAACGCCGUUCAGGUUUAAGAUCGGCCGAGGGCAGGUGAUCAAGGGAUGGGAUGAAGGCGUUGCUUUGAUGUCGGUUGGCGAACGAGCCGUCCUCACUUGCAGUCCCGAUUACGCGUACGGAGCUCGUGGCUUCGGUUCUAUUAUCCCGCCUAACGCAACUCUCAUCUUUGAGGUCGAGUUGCUUGGAAUUGAAUAAAUCGCAAAGACGGCGUUCAAUGCGAUUCUUCAAAUUUUGCGCGUUAUUUCCUGCACUCGUGCAAUAAAUGCCCAGGUGACCUAGUUACGUUCAACCCAGACUUUUGACUAACUUGCAUAGAUUUAACUGCACGAUUUCUCCGGAUUGCAUUAUAGCUAUGCACGACGCUAUGUAAUAACCAACCAUAGUUGUUCAUUGUAUAUUUAUUACCGAACCGUGUGUUAAACACUAAAAGCGACAAGUACAAAAAGACAAAGUUACUAUAUGAAUGCAUUUAAACAAUGUUGUUUAAAACCUAGAAUGGCAGACGAAUGCCCUGAGCGCACAACCAUGUUCGAGUUCGAGAUCUAUUUUCCAUCGUUGAUCUGCCACUCUAGUGCACACCGAGCGGGUAUUCAAACCGAUUUAGGUAAGAGAGGUA